CGUGCCCGAGUUGCACAGUGGGUGCUGCAGAAAUGGCGGACGAAGUUGAACAGCAACAGACGACCAACACGGUAGAAGAGCCGCUGGACCUCAUUCGGCUGAGUUUGGAUGAGCGAAUUUAUGUGAAGAUGAGGAACGACAGAGAGCUUCGCGGAAGAUUACAUGCUUAUGACCAACAUUUGAACAUGAUCCUUGGAGAUGUGGAAGAGACAGUGACGACGGUGGAGAUCGAUGAGGAAACGUAUGAAGAAAUUUACAAGUCAACGAAGAGGAACAUCCCGAUGCUGUUUGUCCGUGGCGAUGGUGUGGUACUGGUUGCACCGCCCUUGAGAGUUGGGUAAAAUGAAUGGAACGUGCCCCCUUCACCUCUGAAUCAUGUUGUGGACUGUAAAUUGUUUUCAGGAUAGGCUUACACAUGACGUCUAUUGACAAGUCACAGAAUUGUGAAAUUUCUGUACCGUUUAGUUGGGGAAAAAGUCAUGCUGGUGCUUAGUUGGUGCACAGUGUUUAGGUUGUUGCUAGGUGCCGAUUUUGUAUAUUUCAGUUAUGAUUAUGAUGGGUGUUCCCUGAAUGCUUUAGUAUUUUCACAAAUGCAAUAAAAAACUAACGUGUA